CAAAGGGUCGAUGGCAGCUCAGUUGUUUUUUGUUUGUUUGUUUUUAAUCUUGUAGGUUUAUUUUUUUUUCUUACACUGCUAGCAAGUUUCAUUAUAUCCAUCUAUAUAUACAGCACUUGAAUUAAUUUAUCAAAGUUAAGUCAUCGUUAUUACAGAACAGCAACAUCUAGUCCACAGUAACUGAUGGCAUAGUUCACCCGGUCGCACCACAAAUGGCACCAGCAGAGAUCACGUGUCUUGUCUGGUUCUUCAGUUGUCUUGUUCUGACCAGUGGUCACACGCAACUGAGGUACUACUCGCAAGAAUAUGCUCAGACUGGAGUCUCCAUCCACCCCGACAACAACGGCCUCGGCUUCUCCCCCAGCAAGUUGCCCUACGGCUGUGAGUACAUCCGGUCCACCCACAACGUCCGGCCAGUGGUCAUCCUCAUCACGGGACUCGAGGUCAUGUGUGACGUCGACACGGACGGCGGGGGCUGGCUGAUCAUCCAGCGACGUGUCACCGGUACCAUCCAGUUCUACCGCGGCUGGGAAGAAUACAAAUACGGGUUCGGCAGCUUCUAUCUAGGCGAGUUCUACCUUGGGAAUCAAAAGAUCCACGAACUGACAAACUUAGCCGAGUACGAGUUAAGGAUCGAUAUGAAAUACAAUGAGUACGAUUACUACGCGAGGUAUUCGUCUUUUCGAUUAGGCAGUGAGAAAGAUGGGUAUCGGAUACGACUGGGCGAGUAUAGGGGCAACGCAGGGGAUAGCUUGAUCGAGUUUCAUGAUAGGAUGAAGUUCAGCACUUUUGAUAUGGACAACGACAAAUGCGGCCCGGCCAACUGUGCGGAGUAUUUCCGCGGAGCGUGGUGGUAUAACGAGUGUCUGACCGCGCACCUCAACGGUGUGUGGGGGAGCAAGCUCUACGGGACUGGUCUGAACUGGAUGACGCUGACCAACUACACGGAGAGCGUCACUUUCAGUGAAAUGAAGAUACGUCGUAUUAAAUGUGUUGGCUGUCUGUAGGCAUCUAAGGUAGAAUCAGCUCCAGGAAAAGGAAGAUUCGUCGUAUGUUUUGGUUGUCGCUAAAUCUCUCUAAAGACGAAAAUAACUUUCAGUAGAAUAGAACGAAGUAUUAAGUUUCUUGGUAACCAUUAAUAAUCUGUAACUAUAACAUCAGUUCCAAUAAUGUAUUAGAUAAAAUUAACAAUGUACUAAGAUAGUCAGAUAGCUUCAGUUUCAAUAGGUGUAUUAGUUAUCAUUAACCGCAAAGAAUAAAUUUAUCUAUUAUCAUUAAAAUAACUAUCUUCAAAGAUUGCAUAGCUGCAAUAAUGUUUUAGUAGUGAGCUGUUUUCACCUGGUGAGCUGUUUUCACCUGGUGAGCUGUUUUCACCUGGUGAGCUGUUUUCACCUGGUGAGCUGUUUU